AUGUCGUUUGAACACAGCGGAGCAGCUCAGAUCACGAUGGAGGAGGUUCGCCAGCGGGCCCAGGUCUCUCUCCUGAAAACGGGUCAAGCGCAGGAUGCCAGAGCAGACGUGCAGCAUUUGGCCCGUCUGUCUGCGCCGCUGUCUCAGAAGUAUGUGCACCUCCGAGCGGGCGCCAUGUUGAGAGAGAACACUGAGGGAAAGAGCCACCAAGAGGUGCUGGAGUCUUUGGUGCGUCUGUCCAAGGCCUUGGGGAUCCUGGAGAAGUACGGCUGCAACCUGACCAGUCCCACCAGACCCAAGUACUGGAGGACCGUGAAGCACAACAACCCGGUGUUCCGGACCACCGUGGACGCCAUCAAGGGCGGGCGUGCGGUGCUCUAUCUGUACGGUUACACUCAGCAGCAGAUCGACGGCCUCAGCUUCCCCGAGCACGUGUGCGACCCCGACACCAGCACGGUGGUCGCGGUCACAGUGGAGGUCAUGACACUGCGCACAGAGGUCGACCUGCUGCUCAAGGGCACUCACCCUCAUCCAGAGCACUUCAGACACAUCUGUCCUUUUCUGGUCCCAGAGCAGGAGGAGAGCCCAGAGCCAGAGUGUGAUGCUGUGAUGAUCCCUCCGAGAGAGCAGCCGGUGGUCCAACAGUCUCCUAAAGUCCCUCCCAAACCAGCCCCGAGGAUCAAGACCCUGCCCAGAGCGCCCCCGGUGGUGUCGGACUGCAGCCUCUGUGGCUCCGCCUCCAUGUUUGUGUGUGCGUCCUGUAACCACCAGAACUUCUGUGACGCCUGUGACGAUCUGUACCAUCGGCACCCGGGCCGCGCCGCGCACAAGAGGGACGCCCUGCACCAGGCCAAACCAGACCCCUGCUCCAUCUGUGGUGUUGAACUCGUCCACUCGCUCUGCUCCACGUGUCGCCAGAAACUGUGCCAGAAGUGUGACCGUCUGUUUCACUCACAUCCGGACAGAGUGGGACACAACCGCAGCCUGCUGACCCCACGGACUGCCUCGUCCUGGGAGUGUUGUCACUGCACGACUGUGAACGAGCUCAGAGCUGUUCUGUGUGUGACGUGUGACCGACCUCGGCUGUCCACGGCGCCCCCGGCCCCUACGGCUGCUCCGGAUCCCCUGCAGUCUCCCACCGCAGAGUGGCAGUGUCGUAGCUGUACCAUGCUGAACCCGGGCAGCAGUGUCCUCUGUGAGGCCUGUGAGCGCCCCCGUCUGGCCACCAAGCCUCCUGCACCUCCAGUGAAAACCUCCACCACAGGGUUUGAGUCGCUGGCCCCGCCCCCCACCAAGUGGAUGUGUCAGUUCUGUACCUACGUCAACACCAAACCAGGCUCCAUGUGUGAGAUGUGCAGUCUGUCAUGUAAGGACCCAGGGGCCGCUGUGUCACUGCCUGCAGCUCUGCUCACGAGCCAGGUCUCCAAGAGCACUCCAGGGCCUCCUGUGGCUUUUGUGGUGCCCAGACCCAAACUGGACCUCCAGGCCGAAACCCAGAGACAGAAAGCACUGAUGGAGGACGGACUGAGCCUCAUCAAACACAUCAGAGAGGCGGAGGGGCGUGGCUUCAGUCCGGAGGAGGUCUAUGCCGCUCUGAGCAUGUGCGGAGGGAGCAACAUAAACCCGUGUGAUUGGCUGGAGUCGGAGCUGCCCCACCUACUGGACGAGAUCUGUGCCAUCGCGGCGUCGGUCCAAACCACCGCCGCAAAGCAUCAUGGGACACGACCCCAGGAGGAGGGGGAGGGAGGGGUGAAGCUGUCCAGGGCAGAGGCCAAACAGUCCUGGCUGUCAGCAGGGGGCGACACUGAGGCAGCCGUGAGAAAACUGCUGCAGGACCGACAGAACAAGCUGCGGGAGCUCCAGGCCCUGGGCUUUCGUGACGUGGGUCGCUGUGAGGAGGCUCUGCGACAGAGCGGAGGAGAACUGAAAGGAGCUCUGUCUCUGCUGCAGCGCCCUCUACUGGAGCCCUACCACCAGCGCAUCUGGACCACACAGACUGAGCCUCCUGUGGACCACACAGACCCAGACCGACAGCGCUCGUGCCGUCGCCUCCUUGCGCUCUACGACCUGCCCAGCUGGGGGCGCUGUGAGCUGGUGCUGUCGCUGCUGCAGGAGGAGGGUGUGACCUUCAGUCUGGAGGACGUGGUUCAAGCCGUGAAGGAGUCUCCGGACCGGGAUGUGAUCAAACGCCUGUUGCAGAACGAGUGCGGCGUCUGCUACAGCACCUUCCCCGUCAGCAAGAUGCGCUCUCUCACCUCCUGCCAGUGCUCUCUGUGCCUGGAGUGUUUCCAGAAACACUUCACAAUCGCGGUGACGGAGAAACACAUCCGGGACAUGGUGUGCCCGGCGUGCGACGACCCCGAUAUCAACGACCCCGAGCAGCUCGACGACUACUUCUCCACACUCGACAUCCAGCUGAGGAACUGUCUGAGCCCCGACGUCUACGACCUGUUCCACAGCAAACUGACGGAGCACACCCUGAUGAAGGACCCCAAGUUCCUCUGGUGCUGCCAUUGCACGUCCGGCUUCAUAAACGACGUGGAUCAGCUCAAAGUCACAUGUCCCUCCUGCCACAAGAGCUUCUGCUGCAAGUGCAAGAAAAAGUGGGAGGCGCAGCACCAGGACGUGAGCUGUGAGCAGUUUCAGAAGUGGAAGAGGGACAACGACCCAGAGUUCCAGAAGCAGGGUCUGGCCGGAUACUUACGGGACAACGGCAUCACGUGUCCAAGCUGCCGGUUCCAGUACGCUCUGACCAAAGGCGGCUGCAUGCACUUCACCUGCUCCCAGUGUCGCUACGAGUUCUGCAGCGGCUGCAACAACGCCUUCCACAAGACUGCCUGUAGGACUGCAGGGUGUACUCUGAAUGGGCUCCACGCUCACCACCCGAGAGACUGUCUGUUCUACCUCCGGGACUGGGACCCAGCCCGGCUCCAGGACCUGCUCAAGAAAAGUAACGUGGCCUUCAACACUGAACCCACUGCUGCUGACGUUGUGUGUGGAGUGAUGGAGCAGAAGGACACUGGGCAGCACCUGGACCAGCCGUGUGGAGGAGAGACCAAACCAGGCCAGGCCGGACUGUGCGAGAAGCAUUACCGGGAGUACCUGGUGAGCCUGAUAAACCUUCACUCUCUGGACCCCGCGGUGCUGUUUGACCUUCAGGAGCUGAUUCUGGCCUGUACUCGGUACCACGUCCCGGUCCUGAGAACCGAGGGCGAGAGUGACCCCCACUACAGGGACCGGCUGCUCCAGAAACUGAUGGAGGUUCCACUCGGAGACAAAGUUCCUCGUAACCAGUAA